AUGUCGAGCUUCGAGCAAGUUGUCGUCAUCGAUGGCAAGGGCCACCUCCUUGGCCGACUCGCCUCCAUUGUCGCCAAGCAGCUCCUGAGCGGCCAGAAGAUUGUUAUUGUCCGCUGCGAGGCUCUCAACAUCUCUGGCGAGUUCUUCCGUGCGAAGCUCAAGUACCACGCCCACCUCCGAAAGAUCACCCGUUACAACCCCACCCGCGGUGGUCCCUUCCACUUCCGCGCUCCCUCCCGAAUCUUCUACAAGGCUGUCCGUGGCAUGAUCCCCCACAAGACCGCCCGUGGUGCUGCUGCUCUCGAGCGCCUCAAGGUCUUCGAGGGUGUCCCCCCUCCCUACGACAAGACCAAGAAGGUCGUCGUUCCCCAGGCUCUCCGUGUUCUCCGACUCCAGCCCGGCCGCAAGUUCUGCACUGUCGGUCGUCUGUCUAGCGAGGUUGGCUGGAAGUACGAGGAUGUCGUUGCUCGAUUGGAGGAGCGAAGAAAGGCCAAGGGCGCUGCUUUCUACGAGCGCAAGAAGAUCGCUGCCCGACAACUGGCUGAUGCGAAGAAGAACGCUUCUGUCAAGGAGGAAACCGCAAAGGCCCUUGCCAACUACGGCUACUAA